UUGACAGCUGCCAUCAGCUGUUUGCAUUGCCGUUUGUUUACAUCUCAUCGUGCCGUGUACCGUAAACAGGCACACAGUUUCUUGUGUUUUGUGUUAUUUUUUACCGGUUUUUAUUGUUAUUUCAUUAUGAGUGCUUCCGAAACAGCACCGGCGAAUGUGCCCAGUGAUGCUCCGGCCCAUUGUCCCGGCACACAGAGUGAAGAUGCUGGCAAAGCUUCCGCUUGUGCUGGAUGUCCCAAUCAGCAAGUGUGUGCAACCGGUCCAAAAGGUCCAGAUCCGGCGAUAGCACUAGUGAAGGAGAAGCUGUCUGAUGUUCGCAACAAACUGCUGGUCCUAUCGGGUAAGGGUGGCGUUGGUAAGAGCACAGUAACGGCACUUCUUUCCCGCGCCAUGGCACAUCGCAAUCCGGACCAGAACUUUGGCGUGCUCGAUAUCGACAUUUGUGGACCGUCACAGCCCCGCGUACUGGGCGUGCUGGGCGAACAGGUGCAUCAGUCCGGAUCGGGCUGGUCACCGGUGUACAUCGAGGACAAUCUCAGCCUAAUGUCGAUCGGGUUCCUGCUUGGCAGUCCGGAUGACGCAAUCAUAUGGCGCGGACCGAAGAAGAACGGCAUGAUUCGACAGUUUCUCACCGAGGUGGACUGGGGACAGCUGGACUAUCUGCUGCUGGAUACACCGCCAGGUACGUCGGAUGAACAUCUGUCCGCAACGACCUUCCUCAAGGGUACGGACGGUUCGUGGGGUGCGAUUCUAGUGACAACGCCGCAGGAAGUGGCAUUACUUGAUGUGCGAAAGGAAAUAUCGUUCUGCAAGAAACUGGCCAUCCCGGUGGUGGGCGUCAUCGAGAACAUGACCGCAUUCGUAUGCCCCAAAUGCACUACAGAAACGCGAAUUUUUCCCGCCCGUACCGGUGGUGCUGAACAGAUGUGCACGGAAAUGGAAGUACCGUAUCUCGGCCAGUUGCCGCUUGAUCCCCGGCUGACCAAGUGUUGCGAUGAGGGUAAAGAUUUCGUCACGGAAUUCUCCACCAGUCCCGCUGUGAAAGCGCUCGAAGAAAUUGUAACGAAAGUAAGACAGUUUUUUGGAGACGAAAAAGGCAAACAAUAAAAUCCAGCACCAAA